AUAGGAGAAACCACAUUCUGCAAAUGUGCAAACACAGUCUGAAGGUGCAGGGUCACACUUAUGCAGAUGAUACUAUAUCAGCUAAUAUACACCAGAAGAGGAUUCGGGGUUGUCAGGCUCUAACAGUCAAUCUAUCAUUUUUACCAAUCUGCUGUGAAAUGGAAGUUCUGCCGAUGGUCGUCGUCCUCCAUGCUUUGUUCUUGCAUCAAGGACUCCAGAGUGCAGCCAUUUCUUCGAAUAAAAAUGAGACCAACACUACAAUAAGUAACGGGCUUGUGGAGAAAAGGAGCCCUGGAGGUAGCCUGCAUACAGCCAGUGUCUCUGUGGACUGCUCUGAGACUCUGUUGGCUUUUCAACAUAGCAGGUGGGUGACUUUAACUCUGACACGACAGAGCAAUGAGGCAAAGAAAGACAUGGCCCAGCUCUGUGAAGACCUUGGCUGUGGAGGAGUCUUUGCUGAAAAUGGUACAGCAUCUGUGAAUACAUGCCUGUCUGACUGCACCAUCGAAAACUCCAACCUAUACAACUGCACAGAAGAUGCAGCAGACAACUGCUCCAACAUGGUAGAGGUGGCCUGUGCAUGGCAGGCUGUGCAGUUGAUUGGAGGCAGUGACAGAUGUGCAGGUCGCGUGGAGCUGUUUGGUCCUGGAGGCUGGGGCUCAGUGUGUGAUGACGGAUGGGACUUAAAAGGAGGAAACGUGGUGUGUGCCCAGUUAGGUUGUGGCACUGCUUUAAGGGUAAUGGGAGAGGCUGGGGAUUUUGUAGCCGGCUCUGGACCUAUUCAUAUCAUUCAUAUAAACUGCAGUGGGACAGAGAGAAACCUUUGGCAGUGUGGUACUGAGAUGAACAGAGGCAGAAACUACUGUGGCCACAAAGAGGAUGCUUCAGUGGUGUGCUCAGGAAGUUCCCACAUACAAGUUACCACAGUUAAUACAUUCAUGACAAAUGUCACAAACUGGACAACAGAGACUGUAAUAGUAGUAGAUGCUGAUAACAAGAGCGGUGGGAUUUCACCACCGGUCCUGGGUUGCAUUGUGCUCUCUGUCACUCUGCUCUUAUUGUUGCUUUCAAAUGCUGCUCAGUGUGCAUACUACAAAAGACGAAAUGGAGGCCCUGAAGUCAGGGGAGCAUCACAAGCUUCACAGCGAGAUAAUUCUGACACUUCAAGUGACUCAGAUUAUGAACAUUACUACAACCCUCACCUACCUCCACCUAGGCCUGAGAAUAACUAUGAACAUGACUUUGAUGAUUGUGUUAGGGUUGUCGAUUGCAAUAAAGAGCAAAGAGGAUUCUGUGAAGGAAGAAAUGCUGUGCAAACACACACCCUUGAUUCAGAGAGCACAUCCUCAGGGGAAUGUUAUGAAAAAACUGAAAUUCAACCAGAGGAACUUAUGAAUCCAGCAAAAGUUAACCAGCUUUAUCCUGAGUACUGCAUACAGAUGUCACCUAUGCACAAUACCAGUGAAGCAGCUAAAAAUGACGCAGAAGACUCGUUUGAUUCAGACAGCACGUCCUCUGGGGAAUGCUACGAAAACACAGAAGUGAAUGCCAAACCUUGUGUCCAGCCAUUGGAAGGAGACCCAUUACUUCCUGAGCAGCCUCUCCUGAGUCACCCCAUACCUCAGCCGACAGAAAACUGCAGUGUUUUCCAGCCAUGCUCUCCUGAUCAAGCUGAUGCCCUUGAUUCAGAAAGCACAUCAUCAGGGGAAUGUUAUGAAAACAUAGAACCUGAAAUGGAGAACCUUCUAAAUCCAGCUGUAAACCAGUUUUCUCCUGAGAACUGUAUACAGAGGACACCUGUACACAAUACCACUGAAUCAGCUAACAAUGAUGAAGACUCGUUUGAGUCAGACAGCACAGCCUCUGGGGAAUGCUACGAAAACACAGGAGUGAACGCUGAACCUUUUUUUCAGACAUUGGAGGGAGACCCAUUACUUCCUGAGCACCCCCCCAUGAGUCACCCCAUACCUCAGCUGGCAGGAAACAGCAGUGUUUCCCAGCCAUACUCUCUUGAUCAAGAUGACAGCAGCACAUCAUCUGAGGAACCGUAUGAAAAUGUCGCAGAAAUAGACAAGAGCUACUUUGCUAGAAGUGAACCAUCAGUCCAUUCCUCUUCAGACAGUGACUAUGAUGAUGUCAGUAACUGGUGAAUGCUGA